CGUCCAUCAGCCACUCGCUCUCCUCCCUGUGUGCGGCAGAGAGAGAGGGAGAGAGAGAGGGAGGGGGAGCGAGCGAGCGAGGAGGAGAAGAACGCAUCCAUUCGGCAGCCGCUCUGCAGAGGAGCACGUCGGGAGAGUUUGUGGCAGCAUGAGGAUGCGUCUUUUCCCGGCAUCGUCUUCGCCCGCCUCGUCGCCGUCGUGCCCGCGCACCGUCAAGUGACUCUCGCCUUUGUGUCACCAACAAGAGGAAGGAAGAAAGGCGGCGCGUCGCUUUAUGUUCCCACAACAAGCAGCAACAACAGAGGAGCCCAAGCAGGAAAGGCGGGAUGCGGCGCUGAGGAGGCGGAGCAGAGGGAAAGCCGAGGCUUCCUGGGACACGCGGGCCGCACCUUCGGAUCGCAGCGCCGGGUCAUGACCCAGUUGCCAUGCGCAUCGCCACGCUGACCUGCCUUCCCGGCCCUUCCCCCUUCCUCUUUCUGCUGGCCCAGCUGCUGCUGUACUUUCUGCUGCCCUGGUUCCAGCUGGUGGGCGCCGCCUCCUCCUCCUGCCCCGCCCACUGCACCUGCUCCAACCAGGCCAGCCGAGUCAUCUGCACCAGGCAGAACUUGGACGACGUCCCCGAGAGCAUCUCUGUCAACACGCGAUACCUCAACCUGCAGGAGAACACCAUCCAGGUCAUCAAGUCAGACACCUUCAAGCACCUGAGGCACCUGGAGAUCUUGCAGCUUUCCAAGAAUCAGAUCCGUCAGAUAGAAGUGGGCGCGUUCAAUGGCCUCCCCAACCUCAACACGCUGGAGCUGUUCGACAACCGCCUCACGUUGGUGCCGUCGCACGCCUUCGAGUACCUCAGCAAGCUGCGCGAGCUGUGGCUGCGCAACAACCCCAUCGAGACGCUGCCGGGCUACGCCUUCCACCGCGUGCCCUCGCUGCGGCGCCUGGACCUGGGCGAGCUCAAAAAGCUGGAUUUCAUCUCGGACGCCGCCUUCGUGGGCCUGGUCAACCUGCGCUACCUGAACCUGGGCAUGUGCGGCCUGAAAGACAUCCCCAAGCUGACGGCGCUAGUGCGUCUGGAGGAGCUAGAGCUGUCGGGCAACCGCCUGGAGAUCAUUCGACCCGGCUCCUUCCAGGGCCUGGUGGCCCUGCGGAAGCUGUGGCUUAUGCACUCGCAGGUGUCGGUCAUCGAGCGCAACGCCUUUGAUGACCUUAAGAGCCUGGAGGAGCUCAACCUGUCGCACAACUCGCUGCACUCGCUGCCGCACGACCUCUUCACGCCGCUGCACCAGCUGGAGCGCGUGCACCUCAACCACAAUCCGUGGGUGUGCAACUGCGACGUGCUGUGGCUCAGCUGGUGGCUGAAGGAGACGGUGCCCAGCAACACCACCUGCUGCGCCCGCUGCCACGCCCCGCCCUUCUUAAAGGGCAAGUACAUCGGCGAACUGGACCAGAGCCACUUCACCUGCUACGCGCCCGUCAUCGUGGAGCCACCCACCGACCUCAACGUGACCGAGGGCAUGGCCGCCGAGCUCAAGUGUCGCACCAGCACCUCCACGACGUCGGUCAACUGGAUCACGCCCAACGGCACGCUGAUGACGCAUGGCUCGUACCGCGUGCGCAUCUCGGUGCUGCACGACGGCACGCUCAACUUCACCAACGUGACGCUGCGCGACACGGGCCAGUACACCUGCAUGGUGACCAACGCCGCCGGCAACACCACCGCCACCGCCGUCCUCAAUGUCACCGCCGCCGACGUCAGCGUCAACUACACCUACUUCACCACCGUCACUGUGGAAACCGUGGAGACGCCCGGGGAGGAGGAGUCGGCUUUGGUGGCCAUCAACCAGACCUUCAUCCGGGUCCUCCCCGGCCCCACGCCCUCGGGGCACCUGUGGCCGGACGGCGCACCAACCACCGCCUCCUCGCUGUCCAUCGACUGGUCCUCCUCGUCGCCCCGCGCCACCCGCCCCACCUUCACCGUGCCCAUCACCGAGCCGGGCUUCUCAGGCCUGGACGACGUGAUGAAGACCACCAAGAUCAUCAUCGGCUGCUUCGUAGCCAUCACCUUCAUGGCGGCCGUGAUGCUGGUGGUCUUCUACAAGUUGAGGAAGCAGCACCAGCUGCACAAGCACCACGGCCCCGCCCGCGCCAUCGAGAUCAUCAACGUGGAAGACGAGCUAGGGGGCGGCUCCGCCGGCAGGGGCGGCGGAAUCUCAGGUGGCUCUUGCAGCGGGAUCGGCGGCAGCCAGAGUCUGCGGCGGCACCACUCGGACGUGGUCAACCUGCCCAGCCUGACCCGGUCCGAGCACCUCAGCUACUACAAGACCCACCACUUCAACAACAACAUGGUGGGUCUGGGCAUGGGCCUCAACAACAACAACAACCCCCUGCCGUGCUCUCAGAACAUGACCAUGUCCUGCUCCCAGGUGCCCGGCGGCGCCACCGGCACGCUGCCCACGCCGGUGCCGCUCCCUCAGCUCAGCCUGCACAGCUCUCUGAAGGGCCUCAUGGCCAAAGGGCAGAACGAGCCGCUGCUCUUCAAGAGCGGCUCCAAGGAGAACGUGCAAGAAACUCAAAUCUGAGCACACCUGGAGCAAGUAGGUCCUAGGUGGGGAGUGUGCAGACUAGCGGGAGUGAGUAGCCGGCACGGCGGCGGCUGGCACGCGCCGCUCAGGUGACAACCAGCUCUCGUCUUUGCCAAAGUCCCGAAUCAAGCCAACACAGCGGAAGCUUUUUUCUACGAAUGUGGAAUAUUUCUACGUCGUGCUGGGUUUUCCCGCCGGAACGUCACAAGGAAGUCCAACUUCGUGGACAAACCGGAUUUACAAAGUAGGGAAAAAAAGGGACUGAAAGUACAUAUUAUA